AUGCCUCAGAGGUCGGAGCGAAACUAUGACAUAGGUAACAGGGAGCUGCUGGCAGUCAGGCUGGCUCUGGGGGAGUGGCGCCAGUGGCUGGAGGGAGCUGCGCAGCCCUUCUUGGUUCCUGGGAGGGAUUCUGAUCCCGAUACCAUUCUCCCCAAGGGGGUGGUUGUGGGGGUCCUCUCCUGGGACAUCGAACAGCGAGUGAGAAAGGCCGGACGGGAGGGAGAGGCGCCAGAGGGGUGCCCGGAGGGUCGGUUAUUUGUGCCGGCUGCUCUGCGCCCUAAGGUUCUCCAGUGGGGUCAUGAGUCCAGGGUAGCCUGUCACCCAGGUGUUCGGAGAUCGCUGGCUACCAUCCGUCAGCGAUUUUGGUGGCCAUCCAUGGCUUCCGAUGUCAGGCAGUUUGUGUUGGCUUGCUCGGUGUGUGCUCAAAAUAAGACUUCUAACCAGUCUCCUGUUGGUCUGUUGCAGCCCCUGCCCAUUCCCUCUCGUCCUUGGUCACACCUGGCCCUUGACUUUGUCUCUGGUCUUCCCCCUUCGAGAGGCAACACCGUGAUACUGACAGUGGUGGAUCGCUUCUCUAAAGCGGCCCAUUUUAUCCCUUUGCCCAAACUCCCUUCCGCCAAGGAGACCGCACAGGUGGUGGUGGACCACGCUUUCCGGAUUCAUGGCCUUCCGGUAGAUGUGGUCUCCGACAGAGGACCACAAUUUGUCUCCCGGUUUUGGAAAGAGUUCUGUAGACAGAUCGGGGCCUCUACGAGUCUGUCUUCAGGUUUUCACCCCCAGACCAAUGGGCAGUCCGAGCGAGCCAACCAGGAUCUCGAGAGAGCUCUCCGCUGUAUGGCAUCACACAGUCCGAGCUCCUGGAGCCAGCAGCUACCGUGGGUCGAAUAUUCCCACAAUUCCCUCCCUGUAGCGUCCACAGGUAUGUCCCCUUUCAAUGUUCUAUGGGUUAUCAACCACCCCUUUUCCCCACUCAGGAACCCGAGGCUGCGGUCCCGUCUGCCUUGGCCUUCGUCCGUCGGUGUCGUCGCACCUGGAGGAGGGCUAAGGAGGUCUUGGCCCGGGCUUCCAGACGGACCAAAGCAGCGGCUGAUCGUCACAGGACUCCUGCUCCUCACUAUGUGUGUGGUCAGAAGGUUCAUUGGCCCAUAUCCUAUCACCAAGGUUCUGAGUCCAGUGGCGGUGCGGCUCAAGCUUCCCCACACUCUUGGUCGGGUCCACCCUGUCUUUCAUGUGUCCAGGGUUAAGCCUGUGUUUCGUUCCCCCCUUAAUCCUUUUCUGGUGGACUGGGAGGGCUACGGACCGGAGGAGAGGAGUUGGAUACCGGCCCGGGACAUUCUGGAUCAGACUCUGGUUGAGGACUUCCGCCGGCGACGAGUCUUGUGUCUGACCGUUGUGGUGUGA